ACAAUCAGGGGCUUAGGGUAGUGUGUCUCCAGAGUGUUCCAGGUGGUGCACGCGCUGUCACGCUUCUGUGCACACGAUCCCCUGCAGCUCCCCGGCCGCCUCCCCGCCACACACUCCCCGCCGCGCCUCCCCAGCCUACAUAAGCAACUUGCACGAUGGUCGGUCCUCGCGGGGAUAUGCGGCACGAACUCUCGUUUCCGACGUGAAAUAAAAAUGUGAAGCAAAGUGUAAUCCCGAGGGAGAGGAGCAUCGGCAGCGGCAGAAUCGGAAGAACCAACAAAAACAACACCACCACCACCACCACCACCACCAACAACAACAACAACAACAACAACAACAGCAGAGGAGGAGGAGAAGGAAGACACAACCUCAGCAGAAUCAUCAGCAUCAUCAGCACCAACAUAGCAACAGGAGGGCCGUCAAGGGGUGUACGUGUGUGUGUGCGUGUGUGCGUGCUGAGCUUGCUAGAUCUGUCUGUGGAUGCGAUGGCUCGAUCUAAAGACGACUAGGUCAGCAUUCCUUGACCAGGGCAGGGCCACGGCACUACACCCCCCUACCCCCUCCUCCUAAUUCCCCUUCCCCCACAAACCGUGACCUCAAGUGCGACAAAGACUUCACCAAACACCAACGGAAGUCACGAUACAACACCCACUAUGAUGACGAUGAUGAGUUCCCGGUGUCCAGAUGACGACAACCGGACACCUUACAAGCCCCCAGCCCCACCUCCGCCCCGCCCCCGCCGCCCCACGCCCGCCUCCAGCCUGGCGUCCCUAGCGGCGGUGGUGGUGGUGGUGGUAGCGGGGCUGGCGGGGCCCGUGGAAGCCGGCCUGAUGGACUUCUCGGCGCCGGAAGUGAUCCAGUACGGCACAUGCGCCCAACCCAAAGACCAGCAGCCCUUUGACUUCCGCCAGUUCAACGGUCUAUGGUACCAGGUAGAGAUGGUGCCCAACAGCUAUAUGGAGCCCAAACAGUGCAUCACCUUACACUUCGACUGGAACGGCGAGGCGUACAACGUGACGACGGUGGGACUGAAUGAGUACAACGAGGUGGUGUAUCAGGACGCCAUCAUCACGAGGGAGCAGCCUAAGGAUCUCGCCUCACGCCCUUACCUGAAGAUUAGAGCGGCCGGAGUCCCCCCGGUGCCCUACCACGUGGUCAAGACGGACUACCACAACUUCGCCUGCGUCUACUCCUGCUUCGAACUCUUCGCUCUCAUGUUCGAGGCGUUCUCCGUGCUGAGCCGCCACGCCGUGCUGGACGAGGCGACCCAGCAAGCCUGCCACCAAGCCUUCGCCGCCCUGGACGUCGACGUGACCAGACUCCAGCCCGUGCGCCAGGACGGACUGUGUCUUCUGGAGGGGCUGGAAGGCUCAGGGGAGGCACCGCACUGGGACGAGGACGAGGAGCACGAGGACGGGAAUGCAUUAGCGGCGUUGACAAGCGAGGAAGUGAACCCAAAUGCUUCCUCUGCCUCAAACCGACGCUCAGACCCAACUGUGCAGGAGGAGGAAGUGGAGGAGGGAGAAACGCUGAUGGAGGAGGAAGAGGAGGAGGUACAAGAGGGCGAGGAGGAUGCAGGAGGGGCCGAGGCCGAAGAAACAGAGGGUAAAUUAGCCAGCGAAACAUCCUCCUUCACGAAGCUUAAACUUGCAACCUUGAGAAACCAGACAGACGGAGUAAUACAAGAACGGCCGAACGGAACCUCAGGAGUAAGCGACCUUGAGGGUAAGAAGCCGAGGAAGGGUCACAGGAGGAAAAAGAUGAAAGGGGUGCGGAGGAGGAAAAAAGGAGAAGGGAAAGAAGAGGAAAAGACCCCUCCAACAACAUCACGUAACGAGGAUUUCUACCUGGACGAGAUUCACCUGGACUCCCUCUACUACCCCAUGCCGGAGGAAGAAAGAGGAGGAGGAGGGGGAGGAGGAGAUGAACGAGAUCGGGCGUCGCUCUCCACCCACGACCACGACGGUGCAGGGGGUGUCGCAGCCUCCUCCCCCCUGCUACUCCUCGCCCUGCUCACUCUCGCCCUCUGUGCCCGUGUGCCGCCCGCGCCCUAGGCAGGCAAGCAGACCCCCACAACGGAUGGCAAGCCCAGUCGCCACACUCAGUACUCCUUCCCUAUCCAACCCGCCCACACCGCUGCCCGAGGAGUGUGGGGUACGUGAGGGCAACUUCUCGUGACAUACUUUGCCGUGGACACUUUUAAUGGCAAAGGAGACAGAACAAAGGCUAAAACAUGUACAAUUGAAGUCCCGCAAUACACUGCCCUCGGUAAAGUAAACAGUGCGGUGGCUCAGUUGGUAUGCUGCUGUGACAUGUAUUCUGAAGUCCCUGGAUCGAUUUCCAUUUCGAGAGGAGGAUGAAAAGAGAAAGAUCGAAAUUAUUCCUAGUGUAAUACUUUCUGAGGUAUAGCCGAGUGAUUGUUGUUAACUGACAAGGUGAACAGCAAAUAGCAAGAAUCGUGUUGUGAGCUGUGUUGUGUUUCAUGUUCUUCCAAGGAAAAAUCAAAUUCCAGCGGUUUACAGUUUGUGGUAAAGCUUUGAGUCGCCUCAGAUGCGAGCCAGAACAACAUGAACGAAAAAAGGCAAGACAACAAAGAGCAAUGGAAAUGAGCUAGAGUGACAGGAGUAUUGCCCGGGAGAGGAGUUAAUUUAAACACAGACAGACAAGAGAAAGGCACAGUAGCUAUUCAGUGGCCGCUAAAACCACUGAAAAGACUGGCCAUUAAAAAGACCGACAGACACGUGAACCCGGGCAUGAAACGGGACACAUCUGAACUUACUGCCGCUAUCUGUACUACUUGCUGGUGAUGGGAUGGGAUCUUCGAGGUAAUAAGUGCUGAGGGGGCAAAGCAAGCUAUAUUACUUCAACUGAAAUGAAAAAAAAAUGUUAUGGCAAUGGUCUGACAAUUGUAUAGAAAAUUAAAUUGAUCGUGAUUGACGGAAAAUAGAUGAAGUGGUAGAGGUGAAGGUGAAGGCUUGUUGUGGUGUUUGUUGCUGUGGUGCUGAUAAAGAGGAGUGAUGAGUAAAGGCUUUCACCGAGUAUCUUUCUGUGACUAUCUUUUUUAUCUUACUUUAAUUGUGACUAUCAUUUUUAUCUUACUUGCCGAUUACUACCGCUCAGCGCAGGUCACGUAGGCGGGGAGACAAUGCAAGACACACCGAUACAUUUUGUUUAAUAAAGAAAAAAAAUCUGGGAUAGACGAAUCUUAUUGUAACUGAGCCAGUGCGACUUACUUUUUUUUUUACAGCAAAGGAGACAGCACAAGGGCACAACAAAAAGGAAACAACAAUAAAAAAAAGCCCGCUACUCGCUGCUCCUGUAAAGAAUCCGAAGAGGUGUCCGAAAAAUUAUUCCUAUAGAUACUUAGAAAAACUUCGCAAAGUACCCAAAUAUGCUACAGAAAACACAGACGAAACACAACAACCACAACAACAAAAACAAAAACAACAACACCAGCAGCAAAACGAAAUAGUGAAAGAGAGGAGGAGGAGGAGGAGGAGGAGGAGGA